AUGUCUCCAAAGGCAUUAGCACAGGUGUUACUAAUAGCCUUGCUGCUCCUACUCGUCCCUUCAUCAGCCGACAACGAAACCGAUGGCGAGGCUCGGUGCAAUUGCGAGGAGGACGUUGGUUUCUGGACGAUCGAGACCAUCCUCAACUGCCAGCGAGUGAGCGACUUCAUGAUCUCGGUAGCUUACUUCUCGAUCCCGAUCGAGCUCGUUUACUUCCUCAGCUUCUCCACCAUCCCGUUCAAGUGGGUCAUUGUCGAGUUCAUUGCCUUUAUUGUCCUCUGCGGCAUGACCCACUUCCUCAAUGGCUGGACCUACGGACCCCACCCCUUCCAGAUCAUGCUUGCACUCACUGUCUUCAAAUUUCUCACUGCCAUGGUGUCAUUCGCCACCGCAAUUACCCUCCUCACCCUCCUUCCACUUUUGCUGAAAAUAAAAGCCAGAGAGCAUUUGCUGAAGAAAAAGGCGUGGGACCUCGACCGUGAGGUCGCCAUAAUCAUGAAGCGGAAAGAGGCUGGAUUGCACGUUCGUAUGCUGACUCAGGAGAUCCGGAAGUCGCUCGACCGGCACACGAUCCUCCACACGACGCUGGUCGAGCUUUCCAAGGUGCUUGACCUAAAAAAUUGUGCCAUCUGGAUGCCCAACAAGGACCGGACGGAGAUGAACCUGACCCACGAGGUAAGCGGCCGGACCUUCUCGAGCAGCUUCAGCUCGUCCGUCAUCCCCUACGGUGACCCGGACGUGCUUGAGGUGAAGAAGGGCGGCGGGGCGCGGGUGCUCGACGGGCGGUCGGCCCUCGCCGUCGCCAGCUGUGCGGGGCCUGGCCCUCCGGGUGCUGUGGCGGCCGUCCGCCUCCCGAUGCUACGCGUCGCCAACUUCAAGGACGGUGGAGGCACGCCCGAGAUGGUCCCGCAGUGCUAUGCAGUCCUCGUCCUCGUGCUGCCGAGUUGUGGGGAGGAGGAGGCUGAGGAGAGUGAAGUAGCGGGCCAGCGGUCGUGGGGCCCACAGGAGCUCGGGAUCGUGGAGGCGGUGGCCGACCAGGUGGCGGUGGCGGUCUCGCAUGCGGCGGUGCUGGAGGAGUCGCAGAGCAUGCAGGAAAGGCUGGCCGAGCAGAACCGGGCGCUUGAUAUCUCGAGGCAGGACGCGCUUAUGGCGAACCUGGCACGGGCUGCGUUCGAGCGGGUGAUGAGCUACGGGUUGCGGAGGCCCAUGCACUCGGUUCUCGGGCUUCUGUCCGUGCUGCAGGGGGACGAGAGCCGGCUGAGCGUGGACCAGCGGCUGCUCGUGGACGCUAUGGUCAAAACAGGCGGUGUUCUCUCGGUUCUGAUUGGGGACGUGAUGGGUGCAUCCGGAAGGGUUCGGGCCGGGCCCAGGCGGCUGGAAAUGAAGAUGUUUCGACUGCACGCAAUGAUCAGGGAGAUUGCCUGCCUUGCGAAAUGCUUGUGUGCGUAUGUGGGGUACGGUUUCGUGGCUGAGGUCGAGAAGGCGCUGCCGGACAAUGUGAUGGGAGACGAGAGGAGGGUGUUUCAGGUGAUUCUGCAUAUGGUCAGGCAUUUGCUGGACUCGGGUGGUGGGAUUGGAGGAGGGUGCCUCACACUCCGGGCUUACUCAGUGGGGGGGUGGAGUGAGCAGAGCUGGGGGCACUGGAUGGAGAGCUCGUCUGAUGGGUAUGUUCAUGCGAGGUUUGAAGUUGGAAUUUGUCGAGGUGGGUCGUCUCGGUCGGAGGGCGGGCUUCCUAUGGCAGCCGAGCACUGUGGAAGGUUGGGGGAGAGCUUGAGCUUUCUGGCGUGCAAGAAGCUGGUUAAGCAGCUAAUGCAAGGUGACAUCUGGGUGACUUCAAACCCAGAAAGGUUCGAUCAGAGCAUGACCCUCGUCCUCCCAUUUCACGUCCCCUCAUCUUUGGCCGCCAAGCAGCACCACCCCGGGUUGGAAAUGGGAAAAAACUCCAUCUUCCAUGGCCUCCGGGUCCUCCUGGUCGACCCGGAUGACUUGAACCGGACCGUGACUCGGAAGCUUCUGGAGAAACUAGGCUGCGCUGUCUCGUCCGUCGCCUCCGGAUAUGAGUGCCUCAACGCUGUGGGCCCCGACAUGUCAUCGUCUUCCUCAUGCCAGGUCGUGUUCUUGGACCUCCAGCUGCCUGAUCUGGACGGGUUUGAGGUCAGCACGAGGAUUCGCAAGUUCCAGAGCCGUAACUGGCCGCUGAUCGUGGCGCUGACAGGGAACGAUGAGAGUGAUGUGGCGGACAGGUGUGUGGGGUGCGGGAUGAACGGUUUCAUUCAGAAGCCAGGUACUCUGCAAGAGAUCUCAGAUGAGCUUAAGCGCAUCUUGAUGCAGGUGAACUGGAUUUAG